CGCCGCUACAGUGCUCCCCUUUUCACUUCCUCUUCCUCUUCUCAGCACAGAGAGAGAGCCUAUGUGCGGUGGUGGUGCUAUCGCGCCGUUUCCCGAUAUCGUUCGGCAACAGUUUGGCAGAUAAUAAACGGACGAGAUCGACGCUGAUUCACUGAAGAGCUUCUGGCUGGCUCAUCAUGUUCGCCAAGUCCCGAGGCAGCAGCGCGGCGCCGUGCGAUUUGCUUCCCGAUCCGAUACGCAACACGUAUGAGAUCGGCAAGCAGUCCGCUACCGCCGGACCGGAGAACGUCUGGCGCAUAUACGACGGCUAUCGGAAAAAGGACAGGAUGGAAGUCUCGAUCUUCCUAUUCGACAAACGGUCCGUCGAGAAGCUGCACAAGCCGAAACGCCGGGAAACGGUCACGGACAUAUUGCGCGCGGGCGCCGCCCGGAUGGAGAGGUACUCGCAUCCGAAGCUUCUUCAGGCGUACAAAGUGGAGGAGUGCGCGGACACGUUGGCCUUCGCGUCAGAGCCGGUCCUCGCCAGCCUGGCAAACGUCCUAGCAUACAAGGAGCAAGUAGCGAACGCACUCGCGGCGCAAUCCUCGGGUCCGAUGAGCAAGCAGAACCACCCUCCAACCACCAGCCACCACCGUUCGACCUUCGUCAAGGAGUACGAGCUGCACGAGCUAGAAGUCAAGUACGGACUCCUGCAGAUCACGGAGGCUCUGUUAUUUCUUCACGGCAACUGUAAAUUUCUCCAUAGAAAUGUUUGCCCGACGAGUAUCAUUAUCACAAAAAGGGGCACCUGGAAGUUGUCGGGCUUCGAGUUUAUCGAGAGUGCCAAGGAAAUACCGAUAACUGUUCAAUCGUGGACGAAGCACAUGCCAAAAAUGACUCAGCCGAAUCUCGAUUACACAGCGCCAGAGGUGCAGCAGAAAAAGCUCGCGAGCUUCUCCAGCGACAUGUACAGUCUAGGCAUGACGAUAUGCGCGAUUUAUAAUCAGGGCCGGCCACUGAUACAGGCAAAUCACAGCUGCUCGGAUUAUCUCAAACAACUCGAGACCCUUGACGAUCAAGUCGCCGUUAUUUUGCCGCUGAUACCGAUGCCACUUCGAGAAGCUGUGACGCGACUCUUACACAAGGACCUCAACCUCAGGCCAACCGCGCAAGUUUUGACUAUGAUCAAAUUCUUUCAAGAUCCGUUUGUGCACGCUCUGCAAUUUCUUGACGUUAGCAAGAUGAAGGACGUUCAUCAGAAGGAGCACUUUUAUACGACGACUUUGAGAGAUAUUUUGCCAUACAUGCCAAAGAAACUCUGGUAUCAGCACAUCUGGACGUAUCUUCACGCGGAGCUGCAGACGCAGGAAGUGUUGUCGGCCGUGUUGCAGCCCAUGCUGUACAUCGUCCAGAGCAGCACGAAGGAGGAAUACGAACGGAUCGUGUUUCCCACGCUUAAACCUCUCUUCACCAAUCGAAAGUCAAUUCAGGGAACUGUGACCCUGCUGGAGAAUCUGCACAUCAUCCUAGAGAAGACGCCCCAGGAAUAUGAGCGCGAGGUGCUCUCGAUGCUAUACAUGUCCUUCGAAAAUUCGACCAUUCAAGUGCGAACAGCCGCGUUCGUGGCCGUGGCUCAUGUGACAAAUUAUCUCGAGGAUGACGCCAUACGUAACGUAGUGCUACCGAAACUGUUGGAAGCCUUCGAGAACAAUUCGGCAAAUGCUCGGGUGUUGAUGGACGUAAUUCCGUGCAUCCUGAACCGUCUUGAGAAACAGAAGAUCAUCGACUGUAUCCUACCGCUGCUCUGUAAAGUCAAGCUGCAAGAACCCGAGAUCGUCGUGCGGGUUGUAAAUAUUUACAGGCUGAUGCUAACCGACAAGAAAUUUGGAUUGUCAGUUAAUUGGAUGGCGACACAUGCAAUGCCUUCUCUACUACCGCAAACCGUGAAUCCGAAGUUGAAUCUCGAGCAAUUUAUACUGCUUCUUGAGGUGCUGCAGGAUAUGCUGAACAAUAUCGAGAGAAAUCAGAGGAACAAGCUGACGCUCGACAAUCUCUCUUUACCGAGCCCCGACAAGUCUCGACCUCUGCGACAUCAGUACAGCACUGACAACGUACACGUACCGGCGUUUAACAUCCCGAAUUUGCGCAUCGAACAACGCAAGACUUCAUCGGCCGAGGAUAUGGCCAGAAAGAAUAGCAUCGGAUCCAUAUCGGCAUCUGCAGAAAAUAUGGCGCGGAAAAGUUCGAUGGCCGCGGUGUUUGGCGGAUUAUUCACCUCGCCGUCGGCCAACGACAGUAACUUUCUGCGGGUCGCCAAUACGUUCACCAGCAGACGACUGUCCGACAACACCCUGAUGACACCAAAGAUACGGAUCGCACCAUCCUGCGCGAGUUCACCAGGCGGGACGCCCGGCACCGGCGGCGGCGGCGGCCUACCGAUCCGUCGGCACUCCAGCACCGGUCCCCAGGAACGACGCGGGUCCAAUUUAUCCCCGCCCACCCUGAUCGGAAACGAUAUGCCGAUUACGAGUAGCAGCGUGCCCUAUCUACUCAGUUCGAGCCUGAACAGCAUUCGCGGCUCAAGACGGCCGUCCGUGUCCUCGACAUCGUCGCAGCAGGGACUUGGGCUACUGCAACACGUUGGCUCCAGCAUGGUAAGACAACUACCCCCCAUCUGCCUGAACCUGAAUGGACCACCACCACCACCAACACUCUCUCCAUCACUCCAGCUACCGGGACAGCAUUCCCACUGACCCUCCGUUACAGUUAUCAGUUCUUCAAUAGACAACCCGAAGCGUCAAGUGCCAACGAUCGUCACUGAACGAAGCUCGGACAAAAUCGCGGUGGUUGUGGAGUCUCUAACUAGCGCGCGCCGAUCCCCUUGUACGCUUGGUCAAUCGUAAAGAAACAAGGAGGAGAUGACGAUGAGAAUCGCGCGGAGACUCUCGUCCAAGGACACGUCCCAGCGAAUGAGGCGUGACACCGACUCUGCUUUAAUUGGCCUCGAGAUCGCGAAUAAACGCGAGGAUCUUUCUCCGGAGAUCGGCGAUUCGACCUACGCCCCGGGAAUAGAUCGAGUUAGAGAGAAAUGGAAAGCAGCACUCGCUGCGAAUUAUUCUGGCCAGAUCCGGACUGGGCGAGCGAGCGAACGAGCGAGCUGACGAGCGCAAACUAGCUUCGGUGAGUACUUCCCGUUUGUGCUCGUCGAGACAAGCCGCACAGUCGCGUUUGUUCGCGGUUGCUCGCUCGGUCCGGGUCUCCCUUAACGCGCGUACAAUCUGACCUAAUAAUAUAUACGUAUAGAUACAUAUAAUUAUACUCUUCGCGGCCGACAGGAUCGCGGAUUGAUGGCCGCAAAUUAGCCCGAGGAAACUCCUCCCCUUCCCUCCUCUCUUAAGCCGGGCUAAUACUCGCAUCGUGUGCAUUUCUGCAUACAUAUAUCACUCUCGCUGUCACAUAGUGGCGACGGAGGAUUCAGGGAUAGAUGAUUUGGAAGUACGUGUAUGUACAAUGGGCGUGAACAUCCGGGAUACGUCAGAAGGUGCCGACCAACUCCAUAAACUCGACUAGUUAUUGCAACGGUUGAUCACUAAUUCAUUAAAAUUAAUUACUGGCGUUGACUACCGAUCGAUGCAAAUCUAAUUUGAUGCUUUGCAUGUUAUCACUUUGCUUCUUACGUCCCCUAGCGGAAAAAAUUUCUAUAAAUAACUACAACAAGUUGACUUGAAAUUUGUAGAAACUUUUGUAUCUUCGUUGAAACAUUAAUUUUGUUGUAAAAAUGUCUACGAAAUAGCGCCACAAAUUACAACGUUCUCAAAUCAAGAAAUUAUUGCAAGUGGUAUUUCAUGAAAAUGUACAAUUUUGUAAAGAUUAGUACAAAACUUUACUAGUUUAAAAAAUUUGAGAAACAACAAAAUCUUGAGGAAUUAAAGCAUCUGCUUACUCGUAGAAUAUUACAAAAAUUAACAAAAGUGUUCCGACUCCAGUAUUUUUAUGUUGAUUUUUUUGUAA